AUGGCCGUCUUACGUUCAACACGACCAUCAUCAACGUCUCCUCAUACAGAGCUUAUGGCAGGAGCUGCCGGUGCAUUCUCUGCUGUCCCAGGAGCUAUACCCAAGCCGCUCCUUCGGGCUGAGGUUGUGAGCGAGUCCUCCGUGGGGAAAGUCACCUUGCGCGAACAGAUGGGCAUCGACAUAGAUGAAUUUAGGAUAUUCACGCAAAUCGUGCGGGAUUCCACAAGUCUUCAUCUUGCUGCUCACAGGACUGUGAAGAAGCAAAAUCCGCAGAGCCUGAUCAAGCACUACAACGAGAUAAAGCGCAAGUGGGCGAAAGCUGACCUCUACGAGAAUGUAUGGCCGGCCCAUGCAUAUACUCAAUUAUAUCUUGCCGAACGAACCGCUCAUUAUCACCACCUUUACCGGACCUCGGGUAAGAAAAAAAUGCAGGGUUCUGCAGUGGCUGCUCACCCGAUGGCACCUGUGCGAGAGCAAAACAGCAGAGGUUCACACUCUGCUGGUCCCAGGAUUUUCAUAGGCAAGCUGCCACCAAGGAAAGUUUCCACUUCCAGUAGGUCUACCACGGCGCGCAGGACAGUCAGCUCGGUGUAUAGCCCACAACCACGCCCCAUGUCAUCGAUUUCCCGCCCACCUGCUUCCAUGGCGCCGUCUUCCACCAGUAAGGUUUCGUUGCAGUGCGGACCACCUGGAUCCGCCAACAACGAUGUCGAGGAUGAGACACAAGAAGUUUAUGUGUUCCUGCAGUCACUCGACCUGCCGUUGGGACACUUGCUUCCUUCUUUCGUCUCUUCCGGAGUCAAAAACAUGAUGCGGCUUCGCCUACUGACGAAGCACCGUGCAUGGGAGGAUUACGUCGAACGACACAUAACAAAGGACCGCUUCGAGAUUCUGAUGUUGGAGAAAGGGUUCAAGGAGCUUGUUGCGGAGAACUAA